AGCUAUCAUGCAAGACUUGACCGUAACUCAAGAGGGGCUGGAGCGCGAGCUGUGACUUUUCCGAGGCCCGCGCGUACAGAGGGGCGAUGCGUUGUCCUGCUUGCGUCUUGUCUCUGCUUUAAUUGCUUCUGUGCCCUGCCCGUCUUCACAAGCCCGAGGGCAGUAUGGCGCUCCAUAUACCCUUCCUGUCGCGCCUCCACAUCCGCGAGUACAUCGCCCUGGUCCUCUCCAUCUGCCUCAUCAUCCUCGAGUCCUUCAUUGCCGUCAUCACCCUCGCCCUCCCUACGCCGAUUAUCAACUUCUGCUACCGCCUCACGCGCCGCCUGUUCAACCACCUCUCGUCGCCCUCGUCCAAGCGCUCGCGUCAGAAGAAGAAGGGCGUGUGGAGCUCCAUCGCCAAUGCAUCCGACUUUACCGAGCUAUGCGACCUGUACGGCUACUACUGCGAGGAACACAUUGUGCAGACGGGCGAUGGAUAUCUCCUGGGUCUGCACCGGCUGGGCUGGCGACAGGGCGAGGAAAACGUGCGCGUCAACAGCGGAGAUAGGGCCAAGGGCGUCAAGAAGAAGGUCGUCUACCUCCACCACGGUCUCAUGAUGAACAGCGAGGUAUGGGUCUGCUUGACCGACAAGGAGCGAUGCUUGCCAUUCGAGCUGGUCGAGCGAGGAUACGACGUCUGGCUCGGCAACAACCGCGGAAACAAGUACUCCAAGAAGAGCGUUCACACGCCCCCUACCUCGAGCAGCUUCUGGAACUUCAGCAUGGACCAGUUCGCCUUCCACGAUAUCCCGGAUUCCAUCGCCUACAUCCUCGAGACCACGCACCAGCCCUCUCUGUCGUACAUUGGCUUUUCGCAAGGAACUGCGCAGGCUUUCGCAACCUUGUCGAUCCAUCCUACGCUGAACGAAAAGGUCGAUGUCUUCAUUGCGCUAGCCCCGGCCAUGUCCCCCAAGGGUGUUGCCUCUGGCAUUGUCGACGCCUUUGUCAAAGCAUCUCCGGAUAUCCUCUACCUGGCUUUUGGACGCAAGACCAUUCUCCCAUCGGCAACCAUGUGGCAGUCUAUCCUAUAUCCUCCCAUCUUCGUUCGAUUUAUCGAUACAUCUCUGCGCUUCCUUUUCAACUGGUCCGCCGUCAACAUCCUACCCGAGCAAAAGCUCGCAGCAUACCCACAUCUCUACUCAUACACGUCGACUAAGAGCGUGGUACACUGGUUUCAAAUCAUUCGGAAUGGCACGUUCCAGAUGUACGACGAUGAAGCGCCGAAUCCAAUCACAUCCAACCGAUCCAAGUACUACAAGGUUGCCAAGUUCCCCACCAAGAACAUCAAGACGCCCAUCGUGCUUGUUUACGGUGGCUCAGACAGCCUGGUUGAUAUCAAUGUUAUGCUCAAGGAGCUACCAGCUCACACUAUUGCAAAAGAGAUCCCUCACUACGAGCAUCUGGAUUUCCUGUGGGCGCAAUCCGUGCACACUCUCGUUUUUCCACACGUGUUCGAAGCGCUUGACAAAUUCGCUGGCUCAGAAGCGGCAGCCUUAGAGAGUCAGAAACAACGACGCCUACGAUCGCCUGGCCGGUACCAAGGUCUUCUACCAGAGUCCAGCAAACUACCUGGGCUAGACGGUGACGAAGACGACGAGGAUGCGGGAGAUGAGAGUGCGACAGCUCCAGUGGCAUUGCGGACAAGAAAAGUGUCUCAGCACUCGCGUGCACCGAGUUCUAUCGACGGUACUACGAUAGCAGAAAGGCCAUUGUCACUAGCCAGUCCCUUUCAAGCGUCUCAAACGACAAGAUCUCCCACUCACCGAAGGACCCAUACCGAAGAGAAGCCCUCGCCUUCCCGCAACAGAAUCAUGUCACCACCACCUUCGCACAGGAUAUCGACCAUAUCCUCACCACCCCCUUCAACAAACAGGAUGUCAACCAUAUCCUUCAGCUCACCAGGUGCGUCAGUCGGCGAUUCACAAAUGACAGAAAAAACCUCGACGUCUCGGCCCGAAGGAUGGUGGUCAUCGGACGAAGUCGCUGGUACAGAUCCGUCUCAAACUACCACACCCGCUAACCACACGCCCGCCAGGAGGUCCAGUUUCGACAGCCAGCAGAGCACGAAGAGUAUGGCGGGCAAAUUCGGAGCCAAUGGUAUCACUCUUGGCGCGGGCAAAGCCGUCAGCGGAGUCACCAUCACACAAGGAGAGGGAUUCGGCGAGGGGAGUGGGACUAACAAGGAUAAAAACGAUCGGGAAAGAUUACUGGAGGCGGAUCGGAAACAGCGGAGGAACGUCUUGAAGAAGAGACAGCCGUCUAGUGGUUGAUUUGUUCUGACGAAGUAACGAUGGACUUGCAUAAGACUGUUACGAUCAUGUUGGUUGUAAAUUGGAUAAACGAAAAAUCUUGUGGCUAUCCCACGCCAACGCCAUUGACUUUUGCAUCGUUUACCACGGCGUAAGCAUCUCUACAUGUACAGGCAAUGAAAUAACGCAAACGACUGCCUGGAAGAAUUCCAUCUGACCAUCCCAACCCCACAUCAGGCGCACCUCAGCGAGUAUGAUUGGUUACGGAACCCCAUUCCGCAUCAUCAG